CGCUGCCGUCCAAGUAGGAUGGGAAGGCAGACAUCACCUCUUGGAUUAGUUCCAUGCGGUCGUACUUCGAGGUCAUGCGGACACCGCAAGAGGACCGAAGUAUGAUCAUGGGAACUAAUACUGAGCCCGCCGUACGAAACCACAUUGAGCUCCACGUUAUUGCUGCAGGCUAUGAACGCAUAGACCUGACUGAAUGGCUGAAGGUCACCCCUGUCCGCGCUCUUGAGGAUCUUCUCCUUGACCGGUACCAAGAUAAACAUGCUGCGCUCAAGGCUAGGCUGAAGCUUGAGGCCCUCAAGGGCCAAACAUGGAGGUCAUCCAUGCAGGCUUUGGAACAACACUUGACUGGUCUGUUCACCACUCCGGAUCUGGGAAUGACCGACGUGUCUUGUAUGGAUGUAGUCAUGGGAGUGGCCCCUAAAGAAUACCUCUCCCUGCUAGCACUCAAGGACCAUACCACCUGGCGAGAGCUCAUGAAGGACCAAGUCAACCUAGAGGCCAAGGACCUCGCCAGGCGCAAGAAGGCGCCCGCUGCAGGUGGGAAACCACAACGCAAGCGGUUUGGAAGCAGCAACCAGCUUGCACUGCAUGAUCACCGGGAGGCUGAAGAUCAGUCCUAUGCGGAUGAUCUGUCUCUAGAUGACGAUCUAGAGUCGGACUCUGAUACGGGUUGAUUGCUACCGUCUUCAGGGAAACAGGCAAGGGGCGUAGAGGAGACAUCAGCGCUCUCUACGACAAGGGAAGCUGAGCAGCCAAUUGCGGUCCCUUCCGAGGAGCCUAGAUCUGAUCAGCAGCUUGCUCUUGAAGCCCGAACUAAUGUUGAUUCCAAGGCUGGUGCAGUCCRAGUGUUAUACACUGAGCCUUGGGAGGAGUCUAAAGAAGUUGACUUCCACGCCCACAUGGAGCACUGGCUGCAGCUCAAGCAGCAACGCCGUGUUCAAGGGGGCGUGGAGCUGACUUUCUUUAAACUGCUCAUUAACCGCCGAUAUAUCCGUGUGCUGAUUGACAGUGGUUCAACCACUAAUUUAUUCUCUCCGAACAGGAUUCGUAAGGCGGGCCUACGUAUGAAGCAAGUGGAACUGCAGAACCCUUGCCGGACUCAGGUGGGCAACCAAGAGGUUGUCACUUCCACUCAUGCUGUCAAAGGUGUGCGCAUCACCUUUGACAAGGACCGCAUUGUCAUACAUGAGCUCAACUUCUAUGUCAUGGACAAGUGUUCGUUCGACGCGGUCAUUGGCUUGGGCUGGCUAAAGGCUCAUUGCCUAAGGACCACGUGGGCGGACAAUCAGUUCGUGGUACUUGAUGCCAAGGGGAACGAGCGUACCGUCUUAUUAGAUGAGACGCGCGAGUCUCCUGUGACUCUUCUAAGUGCAAACAAAUUCUGCAGGUCAAUGCGCAGGCGCAAGGAAGCUGAGUUUGUAAAUAUAGCUCUUAUGAAGUUUCUCCAUGUGCCUUCUACUUUCGCUGCAUUUUCUACCUCUGAAGGUAACUCUCCCUCUACGACUUCUACUGUAAAUAACCAACUUGUUUCUGAUCCAAAUACCUCGAAACCGGUUGUGAUUGCUGUAAAUUCUCAAUCUGGUUUUCUUUCCCCUGAUGAGGAUGAUCCUCCACCGGAAAUUCCAGCGAACAUUCGCCGUCUAUUAGAUCGAUUUCCUGAAGUCUUGGUUGAACCUCGUGGAGUACCCGAGCGUCCAGUCAAACACAAGAUCGAGAUAGUAGAAGGGAGUGUUCCUCCAAAGGGCGGCGUCUACCGUAUGGGACAAGGCGAGUUGGAGGAGCUGCAGAGACAAAUCGAUGACAUGAUUGACCGUGGAUGGAUUAGGCCUAAUCCCAACCUCACGUUCGUAGUCACUACGGAUGCGAGCCAGUUCGGGAUUGGUGCAGUGCUGCAACAAGUUGAUGGUGAUGGCCUGCGUCCGCUCGAGUAUUACAGCAAACGCAUGCCCAGCCACAAGGAAUUCCAUCAGCAGUACAUUCUGCAGCUCGGCGUCGCGAAAACUAUUGUGAGUGAUCGGGACACCAGAUUCAUCAGCAAAGAUUGGAAAGACUUCACGUCUCAGAUCUACGACAUCAAACUGAACAGGACUUCUGGUCGACACCCCGAAGCCAACGGAUUGGCCGAGGAGAUCAACCAGACUGUCAUCCAACUGCUACGCGCACUGAUUGUUCCAGAUCAGAACACGUGGGACAAGGAAUUACACAAAGUGAAGGGGCUGUAUUUGCGCAAAGUAGAGGAACACCUUGCGGAUAUUCAAAACGCACUUCCUCCAAAAUGGAAUCAUCUGCUUUAUGGUCAAACGACUGGAAACUCCUGGCUUAAAGUGGAGGGUUUUCAACAGCCUCAGCAACAGUACGUGCAGCAGCAGGAUCUGCAUUACGGUGAACAUCAACAGCAGCAGUUGUAUGAAUUCUGGAAUGUGCUUCGGCCUGAAGAUGGCGGUGGUUACGAGGUGGAGAUUGGCGGGGGCAAAAUCCUGCCCGUUAUUCCUCAGCUGAUCAUUCCCAUCAAAACCGCUCUCAAUACGAGGGACAAAGCUGUAAUAAACAUCACACUGCAGCUGUUAUGCAAGCUUGUGGAGUCUGAAGAAUUGAUCGGAGAAGCGCUGGUCCCAUAUUAUCGUCAAAUUCUUCCAGUACUUAACAUUUUCAAGGGACACAUUCCGAAUCUGGGCGAUGGAAUCGACUACGCGCAACAGAAAAACACGUGCACGGGCGAGCUCGUGCAGAAGGCACUGGAGUUGUUUGAGACCCGAGGCGGGGAAGAUGCUUUCAUCAACAUAAAGUACAUGAUACCUUCGUAUGAAAGUUCUGUGAGCACGUAAGAGGAGGACGCACCUAUCGAGCAAACGUUCAACAUCUUCAUGUUGUAUUCAUAGAUCAUCAUGAACCUGGUCCAGGAGUGAGCAUGAACCUGGUAAGGAAAUGAAGGCCAGGUUCGUGCAAACAUUUUUUUGCACGAUCGUCAGAUGGCUACCAAUGUGUGUCCCCUGUUUUGAGGACAGAAGGAGACAGACACCUUCUUUGGACACUGGGGAAGUCGAGAUAGCAUGAACCUGGCAAAUAUGCUGACCAGGUGAAAAAUGGUAAGGAUCGAACGUGUGUCACCUUUGGAAGAAAAAAAAAGCAGCAGCAUGGAAUCCACAGUGUCACCAACCAUACCAGACAAUGGAUGAACCUGGGCGAAAAAUGUGGCAGGUGCAUGUUAGCAGCCUGAUGGUUCCGAAGGGGCCUUUUUUUUUUUUUUUUUUUUUUUUUUUUUUUUUUUGAGUUAGAAAGAAGACGCUUGAAGUCCUUUAGUAACCUUAACUAGAAGUGCAGAACUGGUUGCUCUCUAUUACUCUUCUAGAAUGGUCAACUGCCAUGAACCCGGUCCGACUAUCAUGCACUUUGCCGCGAUUCGGACCAGGUACAGGUUUGUGAAGGAGGCCUUACUGUAUAUCUGAGGCUUCUCUGUGAUUGUGCUCCCGCGUCCUUACCCUUUUGCGGAAAGUGCCAUCCGCCUCUGAUGCCAUGUCAAGAGGGAGCAAAAACAAGAACAGGCAAGAGCCCUUCCGAAGAAAGCUCGUUUCUCUCAUCUGAUGUCAUGUGAAAAGAAGGGGGGAAAAAACCAAGAAAAGGCAUGUGGUCCUCUCUGAAUGUCGGAUGGGUGCAGACAUUGUCCCAAUGCAGACCAGGUGCAUACCCGGCACAGACCCUGCACGGACCCAGGUGACGACCAGGUGCAGAUCAGGUGCAGACCAGGCGCAGACUAAGUGUGGACCAAGUGCAGUCCAAGUGUGAGCCAGGUGUGGACCUGGUGUGGACCGGCCAUGGACCAGGUGCAGACCAGGUGCAGACCAAGUGUGGGCUGAGUCGGGACCAAAUGUGGACCAGGUCCAGACCAGGGAUGGAACGGCAAUGCCUCUACAAUUGCCGUCCACACUUGGUCUGGACCUGGUGUGGACCUGGUGUGGACCGGGCAUGGACCAGGUGCUGACCAGGCGCAGACCAAUGGGCUGAGUCGGGACCAAAUGUGGACCAGGUCCAGACCAAGUGUGGACCAGGUCCAGACCAAGUGUGGACUGGGUGUGGACCAGGUGUGGACCAAGUAUGGUGAGAGGUCCAGAUCAAGAGCGGAGCAGGUGUCGACCAGAUACAUGCUAUUUUUCCGGCCCAUGCAUUGUGUUCGGGGGAAGAGGGUAGGCUCGUAGUCACAUUGCACUCAGGAGAACCUUGUGUCCACCCUUCCCCCAACAAUUAUGCUUCAGAACUCCAGUCUGUAUGACUCAGUGGCAAUAGGUUUUCAAACCUUUAUGAUGCAUGUAUGUGACCCCAAUUACAGCCACGUUCCCAUACCUUCCAAAAUUAUGUUGCCAUUAUACGGGAAAGUCCGGAACCAAACUGCCAUGUAUCAGUGCUCCCCCUACGGUCAUGUGCCUACAGUCCAUUGUUUGUGUGUGUGUGUGUGUGUGUGUGUGUGUGUUUCAAUUUUUUCACCACAACAGCCCCGAUUCCACCCCAAUGAACAGAUCCAAAAUCAAAGCAUACUCAAUCCUGUCGCAGACGAAAGCCGUUGAGACGAGACAAUCGAACAAUGAAACAGUUUCACGGUC